AUGGAAGGUGAUGCUGCACGCCCGAGUGAUGAGAAAUUUAGUCAGGUACUUGAGGAUAGUCUCAAGACAUGGUCUUCCAAUGUCAAUAUCCAAAGCGAGGGCUGUCCUCUGCCCCGGCAUGCGAUAGACCUGGGACCUCGCGUCAAUCACACCUCACCUUUCCUCGGUGGUCCUACUGGCCUCGCUAUUUUGGAUAAGUCCACCUCGUUCGCUUGUGAGGAGAAGCAAUUAGCAUAG